CGGUUUCCCCCGUGUAUGGCGUGGGCAUGUCACCCCCGUGCUGGAAACAAUGGAGUGCCUGAGCCUGGAGGUUUUUGUACAAGGCUGUGUGUGGUGUUCAUUAGCAGAUAACUAAGUAAUCUUAUUCAAUCCCACCUUCGGCUUUUCAAAUAUGUUCUCCUCCUCCCCUCUCCCAAAUGGGCCUGGAUGUCUGUCUGUCUGUCUUUUGGGCUAUCUUAAUGACCAAGUGAAAAUUUGGCUUUUUUAGAAGCAGAGCAUGGCUAUGCCUCUAUGUUACCCUACAAUAACAAGGACAGAGAUGCCUUAAAACGGAGAAGCAAGUCCAAGAAAAACAGCAGUAAUAGCAGGUCCACACACAAUGAAAUGGAAAAGAACAGACGUGCUCAUCUGCGGUUGUGUCUGGAGAAGCUGAAAGGGCUGGUACCACUUGGGCCUGAAUCCAAUAGACAUACUACCCUGAGUUUACUAACUACAGCUAAAUUGCACAUAAAGAAGCUUGAAGACUAUGAUAGAAAAGCAGUACACCAAAUAGAUCAAUUGCAGCGAGAACAGCGGCAUCUGAAAAGGCAGCUGGAGAAACUGGGCAUAGAAAGAAUAAGAAUGGACAGUAUAGGAUCUACUGUUUCUUCAGAGCGGUCAGAUUCUGACAGAGAAGAAAUUGAUGUGGAUGUCGAAAGCACAGACUAUCUAAUGGGAGACCUGGACUGGAGCAGCAGCAGUCCUAGUGAUUCGGAUGAAAGAGGAAGCAUGCAGAGCAUCUGUAGUGAUGAGGGCUAUUCCAGCUCUGGCAUUAAGAGAUUAAAGCUGCAGAACAAUCACAAGCCUUCUCUCAGUCUAUAAGAAGCAACUCAGUAGCUGUUCCAUCCAUUGAGUUUCCCUGCUGGAUCUUUUUAGGUAGUAUAUUGGACCGUCCCACAAUUCUCUUGCACGUAAAUUUAAUGUACCACCAACAUUAGCAAAAUCAGCUUUGCCUAAGUCCUGAAACAGUGCAUAGGGUUGUGGGUUACAAGCUACUCUCUGGAGCACACAUCUGAUUGCAUCCACUAGCUUCUCUUUCUGUCAGUAAACUCAUCUCUGUGAGACUGUACAUUCCAACCACAUUUUGAAAUACCCAAGAAUAUUUUAGCCGUAACAAUCACCCUGCCCCCCUCUUUUUUGUCUUUGAUGUUGUUGUCUAGUAUUCUAGACCUACCUUGUCUUUGCUUAGCAACUGAACACAUCUAAUAUCCAGAACUAGUGGCUAAACAGAAUUUUGUUUGAUCAACAAUCUGAAGGGGGAAACAAACUUCCUCAUAGUAUAGAUCUGGAAAUGGGUGGACUAAACUUUCCAAAGUAGAAUGUGGAGCAUGUCAGCUGUCUUGUCACUGUUGCUUGUGAGAAUCCUGUCACAAAAUCUCAUCUGUUGCUUUGGAAAUUUACCACGUGAUCCAGUCCUUUGGACCCACCUCUUUCAAAACUCCCAUUGACUUCAAGUUCCAAGGGCUGUAGAUUUGCAGCCUUUACUUUCGAGAAUAACCCCCUUGAACUCUCAGAUCAGCAGCCAGCAAAUGACAGUGGGAGUUUUGACUAUUGUGGGACAAUGGGGACCGAUUUGGGGAUGUUCUGUGAAGCUCUUGCAAGAUUGGGCUGCAAGACCUUGGCAAAACAGAUCUAAUGCUCCACUUCUUGCAGGUUCCUUGAUAGGAUGUCUUCAGCCUUGCACAUCCCAGUUUCUUCAAUAACCAAACCCAAGCGGUACUAUUUCUCCUGUGCAAUUUAUUGUGACCUCAUUGCAUUACAGCUGCAUACUGUUCUAGGCAAGCUUUCCUAGAAGUUUGUUCUUGCUUCUCAUCUCUGGGACAAUUCUUUUCUACCUCAGAGAGAUGAACAAAGAUUAUCUCAAUCCCUUUAGCACAAAAAUAAUUAUGCCUCAUUUGUUUCUAGAAGCAAUGGUUGGUCCCGUUCAAAUCUGUUUGACUACAAAUAUUAGCAAUAACUGAGUGACGAAGCUAGCUGUGCUAACUUUGGGUGCCAGUGAUUGGGCACGUUUUACAGGAUGUUGCUAAUACUAUGAUGCUACAAUUAUUCAGUGAAGUGCCAUUGGCAUUAAAGCACUCCCUGACUUGAAUCAUAAGGCACUCUAAAAGUGGCUCACGAAAGAUUUUUGCUGCCAGGUUAAACCUUAAUAUUUGUCCCCCCCAAAAAGUGGUUUUCAACCUUGCAACAUUUUCAUUUAAGCUAAAUAGAGCACAUGUAAAUGUACAUAAUACACAUGAUCUAUAAAUAGUAUUUAUUCAUUUUAUAUAAAACUAAUGUAAUGGAGAGACAUUCUUAUGACUUUGUGCUUUUAUAGAUGUUCUGGAAACUUUGUAUGUAGAGGUCUGCUAACUGAAAUAUAUAUAUAUAAUAUAUAGAUAGAUUUUUCUUCAGUCCUCUUUGCUUGAAACAUUUUAAGGUCUUUAUAUUCUGCCCACUUGGCAAACUCUCUCACGGUGAAUAUUCAAUAUUUGAUUCCGAUAAUAUAACCAGCUGGUACAAGAUGACCAGAGAAGCCCUAAUAUCCAACUGAGCAACUUCACUAUAUAAAAGGGCUAUAUAGCUUAUUUAGUGAUAGGCAACAAAAGUGGGCUUUCACACUUGCCUGCAGUCUUUAAAAAUGCAGUUCAGGAGACUGAACUAGUCAAGCUGCCAAAAGCCACUAAGACACUGUCAAGUGCAAAUGAGCAAACUAUAUAAAAGGAGACUUGUUUUCUUAAAAUAUCCUCAAGCUAUUUUUGGAUAAUUUGAACUCUUUAGAAAAGAAAAGAUGGGAAAUGGGGCUAGUGGAUUGCUUAAAAAUCUCCAAAGUAUAGUCUUUGUGUGCGCUAUGUUUUAAAAAAAGGAUUUUUUUUAAACAGCUGGGAUUUUCAGAUGUCCAGCAAAUUUGCACUGAACUACAACGUGUAUGCCUUUUGCAUUUUUAAGCCUGCUUCCUGUGUACAAGCAGAGAAUCUUCAGAGAGCUAGCUCAAAACCUGUAAACUUUAAAAAAAAAUUGAAUAUCUGCACUUUGGGAUCUUUUGCUCAAGAUGUUUUUCCUUGAGAUCUCUCUUGCUUUUUCCCCUUUUAAAUAAGCGUAUAAACUGCCUCACAAAACCAAACCUAGAGUUGCGCAGAUAUUGCUACCUUUUGAAGGUAAGAGUAACUUUAGAUUUUUGGAAAGCAUUGAAGGGGUUAUUUGAAAUAUGAAAUUGUGUGCUUCGUAUGAUUUUUUUUUUAAUUUAGAAAUACAGUCUUAAGGAUUCAGCGUAAUGUGUUUUUAAUUGUUGUGCCUUUUUGAGUUAACUACAUUCUUUUUUUGGUGAAAAUAUUGUGUGGUGUCCCUAUAAAAAACAGUAAUUAUUUGACCUUUGCACUGUUUGGAUGUGGUCCGCUCAAUUUUGAUGGCAUAGAAAAUGUUGAACUUUGAAAAUGAUGCACUAAUGUCAAAACUGACACAAGGGUAUACAUGGUGUCUUUUCCAAAACUCUAGGCAGGUGCAGUAAAUUUUGCUACUGUGGGCUCCAAGGCCACUUUUGUAUUGGCUAGGACCUUCCUUGGCAGCUUCAAAUCUCUGGUCCUCUUUACUAAUCCAAUGAGCCCAACCCUCAGGCAGCUAAGACUACUUCCAAGGCUGCUGAACUAGUAGCAUUGUUCUGUUUUGCCAGCCUUUUCCUUGAAUUCACUGAUCCACCAGCAUUAUUACUAAAUAAGCUGCAGAAAUUAAAAAUAAGUAGAUUGUUAGGGGAGUGAGGGACUACUUGUAUAUUCCAAGUUUACAAUUGAUAGUUGCACAGAUGUGUGAAUAUAUAAAACACACUUUUUCUUGUGAAAAGGGCAGAUUAUAAAAUUACUGCCAUAGGUAAGUUUUAGUGCAAAUGGUGAAACCAAGCACGCACUCAAUUGGAAGAGAAAUUAGAAACUCUUGCACUUAAUAAUCAAAGCAGAGAAAAAUUGCAGUAACCUAUGUGUUAAUGAUGGUCGUCUGUCUUAAACAUUCUAAAGUAUUGUUUGUACCUAUGGACCUUGUUCUUGUGAGUGAGCACCCAGAAUCUAACUACUAUACAAAGCAGAGCUUUCAACACUUCAAGGUGCUGAGAGUCCCAUCAUGUGAAUUUCCAGGGUUGUUGCUAGUACCAACUUAAGAUGAAAAUUCAAAGAGCGCUGUUUUGAGCAGCACUGUAGGUGCCACUAACUUUAAACAUCUUAUACGAUCUGAAACAUUUCUGAGAUUUGGACAUUAGCAGGCCAUGGUCUGCCAAUUGCCACUUUAGCACUUUGUUCUCUAAUAAGGCACUUCUCUCCCCCGGUUCCAGACCCAUUACAGCUCUACAUCAGCUCUGAAAACAAAAAGAAAGCUCUGUCGCUCCAGAACUAGAAAUCUGUGCACUAGGCCUACAAAUGUAGCCAAGAGCCUUACAUAGGCUUUCCCUUGCUCAUUCAAAGUGUGUGAAGUAGAUGAAACAGGCAUCUGAAAUACUAUCUAGCAAUACGAUAGGGCUUUGAGUUCUUCUUUUGCCCCUUUUGUAACAAAUUUCAGGUUUUGACACUGUAAUGUAUUGAGAAGAAUUCUGCUUUUGCCAGGCUAUAUGUCUGCUCCCCUGAAAAUGUAUAUUCUGUUGCUUUUUUAUUGCUGCUUAGUCUGCAA